UGCCGGCGGGGCCCCGGGGAUGCCCUGCCUCCCUCGCCAUGCCGGAACGGCGCGGGGGCCUCGCCUUCCCUUUCGCCCACCGCCCCCCGGCACUCCUCCCCCGCCCCAAGGAGGCCAGCCCGCCGGGCGGUGCCGUGCCAGAGCUGCCCGCGCAGCCCCGGGGCCGGGCGGGACCGCAGCGCCGCGCCGGGGCCCCGGGCCGGCCGCCCCAUGCACCCGCCCGGCGCCCUGCUCGCCAUGGCCGAGGGCGCCUUCUCGCUGUCCGCUCAGGCGGCGCGGAGCCCCGGGGGUAACCCGUCGAGGCUGCACAGCAUCGAGGCCAUCCUGGGGUUCACCAAGGAGGACGGCCUGCUGGGCCCCUUCCCGCCCGACGGCAGCACCGGCAGCGCCAAGGAGGCGGACAGGCGGGGUCCCCGGCACUGCCUCCCCAAGAUGCCCGGAGAGCCGCCGCCGGCCGAGCCCCAGGGCCGCGCCGAGCGCUUCCAAGAGCCGUACUGCCCCGGCAGCGCCAGCCCCGAGCUGCCCGCCGGCAGCAGCGGCGAGGGGAAGCCGUCGGACGAGGAGCAGCCCAAGAAGAAGCACCGGCGGAACCGCACCACCUUCACCACCUACCAGCUCCACGAGCUGGAGCGCGCCUUCGAGAAGUCCCACUACCCCGACGUGUACAGCCGGGAGGAGCUCGCCAUGAAGGUCAACCUCCCCGAGGUCCGCGUGCAGGUGUGGUUUCAGAACAGACGGGCCAAGUGGAGGCGGCAGGAGAAGCUGGAGGUGACCUCCAUGAAGCUGCAGGACUCACCCAUCCUCUCCUUCAACCGCUCACCGCAAGCAACACCCAUGGGUCCUCUCAGCAGCAACCUGCCCCUGGAGACGUGGCUCAGCCCGCCUGUGCCCAGCAGCACGGCCCUGCAGACCCUGCCCGGCUUCGUGGCCUCGCCGCAGAGCCUGCCUGGCAGCUACACGCCACCGCCCUUCCUGAACUCUCCGGCAGUGACCCAUGCGCUGCAGCCACUGGGGGCCAUGGGGCCACCGCCACCUUACCAGUGCGGGGCCUCCUUUGUGGACAAGUUCCCCUUGGACGAGGCAGACCCACGCAACACCAGCAUUGCCGCCUUGCGGAUGAAGGCCAAGGAGCACAUCCAGUCCAUCGGCAAACCCUGGCAGACAAUCUGAACUCCCUCUUCAGUAUCUGGGAGAAACCCGCGGGGAAGGCCAGUCCUGGGACGACCAAGGGACGCCCCUUGCCCUGCUCUGCCUCCCUGGACGGCCAGGCAAGGGAGGGCUGUCCCUUGCACCAGCCUUUCCCCCACGCCUUGACUUGCUUUGUAUUUUGUGGUCCUUUUAAUUCCCUUUUCCACAUGCCCUGCAGAGUUAGGGGCCUGAUCAUAGCUUA